CAUUAAAGUUACCAAAAUGAAGGUGAAGAUCUGCGCACUGUUCUUCUUUUUGCUCUCCAUCCUGGCUGCCAUCCAGGCCAACAGUUCUCCGGAGACCAGUGCAAUCACUGACGAGAACCUGAAGAAGGCUGCAGGAUAAUUUAUAAUUUGAUGAAAGCUACUUGAAUACUGGAAUACAAUCGAUGUUGAAUAAAUAUUCUAUUUAGCAGCACAA